AAUCAACCUCUGGACCAGGACAGGAGAGCAUGAAUUCUUUUGAUGUCCAAGAGCGAUCACCGACCGCGCCGCAGAAAACUCGUGUAUCGCUGGCUUGCAAGAGGUGUAAACGUCGGAAGCAGCGAUGUGAUGGCGUCCGUCCUCGUUGCAAGUCCUGUAACAAGGCAGGAGUGGGAUGUGCAUACGAGAAAGCCGUUCGGCCUCAGUAUCCAGGCGGCAAGUUAUUGUAUAUCAACGCCUUGGAAGAACGCAUUGCAUUCCUCGAAGCUCGGCUGCCCGAUCAUGCUCAGGAUCAUAUGGUCAGCGAAAUACAACCUCAACCUGACACCAGCCAUGAUCAACACCAAAACGCGCCAGAGGGUCACGAGGCUGAACAGUGUCGUUCGCCCCAUUCGUCUCCAACAGAUCUGAUGUCAGAUGAUACGGACUUUGUGGAAAGAACUUCCCUGGUAGGAGGCGUAGCUUAUCUAUCUCUAUGUGCUUCUGGUACAACCGAUUCACAGUCUGAACCAUACUACGUCGGAUCUAGCUCUGGCUCUAUGAUCGCACGGAUCAUUCAAGCCUCGAUAUUUGGACAUUCGAAAUCAAGGAGAGUAGAUGAAGCUGCAGCUUCUAUAGAACAACAAAACCGAUCAGGAUCGAUAACGCCACCCCAAACAAUUCAGUCUGAUAAAAUUGCUCUUGGUUUCCCCGACAUACAUCAAGCUCGCAUGCUCUUUGAUACGUUCUUCGAACUUAUUCACAGUCGCUGGCCCAUAUUGGACCGCGAGAUCUACGAAGACUUGUUUGCGAAGCAGUUCAUCUCCGAAGCUCUGACGGUUGUUGAGCGAAGUAUCUUUCAUUUGAUAUAUACCAUCACGGCUCGUUUCUUGUCUUUGACCAAAAGACUACAGACUGUCGACCCUGAGUUUCUAGUGCUCCUUGGUGUGCAUGGUCAAAGAUAUCCAUAUGGUGCUGGAGCCUGGUCUCAAGUACGUUAUGCUACGUCGAUUUGCAUUGAGAUGGGUUUGCAUAGAAAGAGGCCACACCCAGAAACAGAGAGGCAAGCAAGAGACGAGGAACUCCGUCGUAGGAUUUUCUGGUCUUGCUAUGGUCUAGAUCGCUCGACAAGUAUCGUGCUUGGUCGGGCUUUUGCCAUUGCUGACAGGGACAUCAACGUGGAGCUUCCAAGCGUUGCCAUCCAAUUUUGGACGCUGACACACAAAGAAACUCGUGAUUCAACUCAAAGUGCCUGGUCGAAUAUUGGUCCUUUCAUACACAUCAUCAAGCUUGACCGAAUUCAUUCAAAAAUUCACAAGGUAGUAUUCCGGGUUGAUAGAGACGUUUUGAGAGGCACCGCCGAAGAGCAAGCUAAGCGUGACCGCAAGAUGGCGACCAUCAAGGCAGACCUGGACAAGUGGAUGGAGAGCUAUCCUCAGACACCUAAGAAUGCAAACAAGACUACUUGGAUGUAUGAUCCGGAAAGCGCUUACCUGGAUGCUAGAGACUUUUAUGGCACUGCAGACAANUACCACAAAUCGAUUCUUUUCCUCUUCACCAACUUUCUUCCUGCUCUACAGACGUCGGAUCCGCGCUUUCACAUUUGCACUGAUUCGGCAGCCUCUGUCUGCACUGCCUACAAGCGACUGAAUCAGAACAAGACUCUGACUUAUACUAUGAUCUCUCUGCAUUCAUGCUUUGUCGCUGGUCUAACCCUAAUCUACUGCACCUGGCGAGAUCGUACCCAAUUCUCCUACGAGAUUCUCGAGGCAACGAGAGACUGCUCACAAAGUCUAACCAUCUUUGGCGAGAAGUGGCCAGGAGCAGUCAAAUAUCGAGACAUCUUUGACGAGCUUUCAGGAAAUCUUCUCAAAAGUAUCGUCAAUCCAGGUCAUUUGAGCCAGCCUUCUCUUGGGUCUCGCCAGAGUCUUGUCGCUCCGGAAAAUACCUCUGGUGUACAUGUUCAAGCACAGCAGACCCAGCAAGCGAGGUAUGGACAUACUGUAGCCCCUUCAGACAGACCCGCGAACAUUAUCAACACUCCUAUCAUCUCGGCCGCCAUCAGGGAAGCAUUCAUGGAGGUUGAUGGAGAGGCUCCAGCUGGUUGGCAGGGGUGGCGGAUGUGGAACGAAAUGGCCAAUGAUAACACGUCCCACAUGGUCGACCCAGAUGCAGGAUAUGGUGUACAUGGACAGACCUUCGCCCAAGAGAGCUGNGGGGGUUGUGAAAAUGUAUACACUGUGGACCCUGUGCAAGAUGCGAUCAUGCACACAGGUAAUUAUGGUGCCAUGGCUGAUGGUGAUUGGAAUUACAGAGCA